AUGACGUCGUGCAAGGAUGCCAUCAAGGCGUGGGAGACUGCGCAAAGCGUCGUUGCCGCUGAGGCGGAGGACGUCCGCCUCUGUCCGAUCGCGCUGCAGCUGCCGCUCAUCACAAAGAUGGACGGAGCGCUUGGCACGCUCAAAUCGUGCAAGCACCUGAGGCUCUCGACGAACGCGAUCGACAAGAUCGCGAAUCUGAACGGGCUCGACAACCUCGAGAUCCUCUCACUCGGCCGCAACUCGCUCAAGUCGAUCAACGGUCUCGACCCUGUUGCUGACACGCUCAAGCAGGCAUGA